AUGGUGAAAUUUUGGUGGAUGUUCAUUUUAUUUGUGAAAACUGCUUCGGCUAGUGACAAUGAGUUGCCAGACUCCGAAUCAGAGAAAAGUUCAAGAUUUCUUCCUCUCUUCGAAAUGAAGAGGUACGAUAGACCGAUGGGGUCUAGCUUACAACCAUUACCGAACGUCCCGAUAGCAGGGGAUCGAUGUUCGGCGCGCCUAGAAUCAGCAUUGGAGCAACUUAAAAGAAGAAAGAGGAAUCAGCCAAAAAGUUUGGACACACCAUUGAGUCAAAGCAUCGAUCUCAAUGGAUACAGUUUGCAUCAAUCACUGAGGAGCGCCCCAGUCGAUAUGUAUGUGACAAGGAUGCGUGUGCGCCUACCACAGAAUUCGAACUGGGUUCGUGUAGAAAAAUGCUAUUUCGACCCCAGAAACAUCUCCCUUGACACAAUGCUGCUGUUCCACGACUUAACCAUAAGUGGCAACGUGGACUUGUAUGAAGCUAACGACCUUGAUCGGGCAAUACCGCAAAGCCGAAGACUGAGAAGAAAUUACGCAGAUUUACAGUACGAUCCUUACCCGAGCUACGCAAAGCGCAACGAGAAUGGCUGCAACAUGAUAUUGAGACUGAGGAAGGCCGGGAUCGGCUUCCAUACUCGACCGCUGAAUCAGCAGCCCGGGAAAUUCAACGUUAAAACGGAUUCAGAGUUUGUUGAACCAGGCUUUAUAAGCGUUUACGCUUAUGGCUGCGAGAAGUACGUCAACAGAAACUCGAUUAAGAAUAAAGACAACUUGCCUUUGAAAAGGAAACGACGUUCUGAUGAGUUUUCUUUCGAACCUGGUUUAGAGGUUUCUCCUGAUGAAGAAAGCUUAGACAGUAGAACGUCUAACAAUUGGGAUUAUAUGUAUGAAUCAAGUAAUAACAGAGUAAGUUACGAAAGAAGCAAACUGUUCCGACCACCUGAGGACGAUUUGGAUGAAGUAGAGGAUAUUUCUCGAGAGAUGGAAGAUAUUUUCACGAAGGGAAUAAGGACUCUUCUUACUACAUAUAUGAAGAAGGAAUUACAGCCGGCUAUCAAAGAUACGUUAAUGCGAAAUAUGGGUUAUGUUAUUUCUUACGGGUGA